AUGUGUGCUCCCAUUAUCCGCGAACCCUUCGAACACGAGGAGGACAUAGAAGAGGACGAAGACAUCCGCGACAGCGACCCCAUCAACCAAGAGGCCGCGGCGCUGCGAACGUGGAGAACGGGCACAGCCCCACCUAUCUCCAACCGGCCUGACCAGGGAAGUGAAGAAAAUUACAGGGACAUGGAUGCAGAAACCAGAGAUGGCCAGGGUGGAAGGGAGAGCCAACCUGAUAGUAAUCGAGCUGGCCGGUUAGAAGCAUCGUCUCUUCCCAGAGAUCUGUUCUCUUUUUCGAGCCCGCAUUCUGGGCCAAAUGUUGGGAUAAUGAUUCGGCAUAGCUCUGAAGGUGAGGAGGAUGAUUCUGAUGAGGAGGAGGAUGAACAAGAAGAAGAUGAAGGUGUUGAAGAGGAUGAAGAGGAUGAACAGGAAUAUGGCGACGCUGACAGCGACCCUGGCCACCACCAACACCGAUAUGGGGAAGAUGAAUAUGUGUGCAUCACCCCCGAGUGCCCUGAAAGACUUCUCCUCAUUCAAGAACGACUAGGGAUCCGCCGUGACUUCUUCUGGGACGCGAUGGUGACAAUGCAUAACAAGUAUGUGCACUUGUUGGAUGUGUCCGAGAUGGGGGACGUUGCGCGGGGACACAUUCCUUCUGAAAAGCCGUGGGAGAGUGAAGACGCGCGACUGGAGUGGGCAGGGUUCUUGAAUCGAAUACCUGAAUUUGUUUGCUGUGAUGCCGACAACAAUCUACCUUGCAGCAUAGACGAUAUCAAUGACUUUGACGCCCUGCGGGCUUGGAUGCUGGAGCUGCUGCCCUGGGUAGUUGACACUGCUGGACUGUUCAACUCGCGAUUGGUGGCUACUCUGGAAGGCAAGAUGUCAUAG